CAAGCUGUCACUCACCACAAUGCCGACCAAUCAUGCGGAAGCAUAAUUAAACCUAAUUCAGUCACGCUGGGCGCCUAACAAGCUCAGUUUUUUUUUACGGGGGAGCUCCCUAGCGAAAGGGGCAACACUUUUACGUGUCGUUUACCGGCCGGGGAUCGUCAUUCGCAAGUAGGGGAUCCUCCUUGGCGCGUCGGGGAAGCUUAGCAAGGCCCGUCAGUCGACUGUUUUGUAUACCGAGUGAUACACGAUGAGUACCGAGGCGCUGCACCCGCAGUACAUGGACCAUUCUCUAGUCAAGCGGAGCUCGGCCUUGCGUUUCGUGGACGUGGGAGCGCACCAGAACUACAACGGUAUGCCGAGCUUCGGGCUCCCACCGCACGCCCACCACGGCCACGGCGGCGAGACGCUGGGCUCGGAGUCCAACAUGCCCCCGCUGAACAUGAACCCGUACGGGAUGCCCGACACCUCGCACAUGGGGGGCCUGAAGCUUAGCCCCCAGCACUCCCACAUGGGGGAGGCCUCCAUUGUUUCAUCGCAGGCCAACUAUGGAUCGCAGUCCAACGGCUAUGCCCCCCACUCGCACGCCCACGGCCACCCUAGUGUCGGGGGUUACCCCAGCCAGCCCUUCGCGACGGGACGGGACUUUCUGCUCCGCCGAGACCCGCUGCCAGGCUCCGGGAUGCACCCUUCCCUGGGUGGGUUAUCAUCCCACGAGUCCUCCUACACCUCCAACCCAGCAGCGACCCACCACAGCAUGUUCCCACCGAGCGGCUCCCUGCACCACUCGGCCGACAACUCGGCCACGCAUGUGAUCUUCCCCGGACUCCACGAUCAAUCGAGCCACGGGGGAAGCAUGAACGGUCAGAUGAGGCUGGGGCUACCCAGCGACAUGCGGGCCGACCAGUACAACCCCAUGGCGGGUCCCCGUAACGAUUACCUCACCUCGCCCCAACUCCACAACCACAUGAACAUGAACAUGAACAUUGGACCCCACCACAGCCACGCCGCGUUCUUCCGAUACAUGCGACAGCCCAUCAAGCAGGAGCUAUCCUGUCUGUGGAUCGAGCAAGAACAGCCCGAGCCUAAGAAACCAUGCAAUAAAACUUUCACCACCAUGCACGAGAUCGUCACCCAUAUCACCGUGGAACAUGUCGGGGGGCCCGAGCAGACCAACCACACGUGUUUCUGGCAGAACUGUUCGCGGGACCAGAAGCCGUUCAAGGCAAAAUACAAACUGGUCAAUCACAUCCGAGUCCACACGGGGGAGAAACCCUUCCCCUGUCCCUUCCCCGGCUGCGGUAAAGUCUUCGCCCGCUCGGAAAACCUCAAGAUACACAAGCGCACACAUACAGGAGAGAAGCCGUUCAAGUGCGAGUUUGAUGGCUGCGAUCGUCGCUUUGCCAACUCCAGCGAUCGCAAGAAGCACUCCCACGUCCAUACUUCAGACAAGCCUUACAACUGCAAGAUGCGAGGCUGUGAUAAGAGCUACACCCACCCCAGCUCCCUCCGGAAACACAUGAAGGUCCACAGCAAGUCUCCCCCACCCCCGGGGGUCUUCGAGCCGGCUGCCACCUCUCCCACCACCUCCUCCGACUCCUCCCAGUCCCAGGGUGGGGGCGGUGGGGGCGGGGGACAGAGCGGUGGGGGUCAGAGCGGGGGAGCGCCCAGCGCGGGGCUGGGUAGCUCCAUGCCCCCAGCACCCAGCUUGUCCAGCAACGCGGGGACCAACCUGAGCGAGUGGUACGUGUGUCAGACGGCCGGGGGAAUGCCCACGCCGCCGAGCAACGAACCCUCGCCCGUCAAUAGCGGCACCCAUCACUCGCUGAGUUCCAGGAUCCCUCCGCACUCUAGCAACAAUACGUCAAACUACUGAACUCCAAAAUAAAGCACAAACAAAACUCAUCAGUCACCAACCAAAUUGAACCAUAACUGGUCGACGGAGAGGAGUGCUACAAUUUAAACACAAAAACUACGGGUAACGAUUGGACAAAACGAUUGGUAAAAAUAUCGAACGUUAGGCGGAACCACAGCCGCGACGCCUUCUCGGCUGAAAGGGCGCCAUUCUAUAGAUUUUGGAGUGACAGUAUAGUUAAAAGUGGAGAAAGCGGCCAUGUUGGAGUACAGAUCUCCGUGUUGAAACUGCCCAGCUUGCAUCCGUGGUGUCUUCUUAUUCACUACAGAUAAAUCGAGACUUGUUUUCCGCCACCUCAUCCCGUGUGUCUUCAUGGUAAAAUCAUGCUUCGCCAAAGCUGAACUGAACACCAGAGCAAGUCUCCGACAUGUUGCCCAAACUGAGCGAUUUAGAAGAAACUUGAAAGUUAGUUUGAUACUUCCGUUUAUUAGAGUCGCUUGUUCGUGUUGAGUCUUAACUAACAGAUCGUGACAUCAGGUGUGAAAGUUUGAGGGGAAAAAAGGGGUUUCCUUUACGACAACAAUUUCUGCACAAGGUUCACUUGCAGAAAACGUUCAGACAUUAGUACCGGUAUAUGUUCUUUUGAAAGUUAACGUAUUUCAGUGUACUCUGCAUUUCAAAAUCAGUACUUUUUUAUAGAAUUUAACGUAGACGGGAUCCACUCGAAGUACUAAUUUUUGUCUGGAAAGGGGAUUGGUGAAUCGGAUUUUUUCCCCACGAAAUUCGGAUUGUCCAGUAUCAUAACUGGACGACACCGGUACAUGGUUUGAAAAUUGUGUUCGGUUCCAACGCUUGAGAACGAUCGAUUCAGUCAACCCAUAUGGAAUGAAUAAUUUUUACGAGUGGGAAAACAGUGAAAGUGUUUUGGUUAACGAUUUUACAGAAAUGUCACUCCAUGGUUUCGAAGUAUCUUAUCUUUUGUAUUACCUCUUGCCAUAAAGUUCGAAAGCCACAAAAACUGUGAAUAUGUCUUGUAUAGUGUUUUUUUUUAAAGAUUUAUAAUUAAACUAUUUGUUCAUCAGAGAAGUCCGAUUUUGACAAUUUUUUUUCUGAGCAAUCAUCGGAUCUUUAUACAGAGAAGGGAGGUUUUUUUUUUUAAAGUAAUCAUUCACUACGCAAUAAGUCAAGAGACAAUCAUGUAUUAAUCCAUGUGCAAACUGUAAACGGUUUCGUUCCUUGUCGACGAUAGUAAAAGGGUAGGAUGGGUGGGACUUGAGUCCAAUGAAAACAAAAAUCAGAGUGGUGAGAAAAAUCUAAAUUUCCACAACUUUUAUUUUCUAGAUUGAGGCAUUUUUAAAAGCUAUGGUAGGCAUAUGCCACAGAAACACUGAUAACAACCGAUUGUCUUUUCUUUUAAUUUUACACAAGUUUUGGGCACAUUGACCGAUUUUUUUUACAUCCUAAAUAAUACCUAUAAGUACUCUUUGUCUAGUGCCCUGACGCCUACCCUAUAAUUCGUGCAUUUAGCUGUAUACAACUAUCAUCAGUUUCUGCUUGGGCUCUGGAAUAGUGGCCGUGCAUAAUUGGAGUAAACACAAUCAAACAAACAAUUUAAACAUGGUUAACAAUUUGACUGCCAUAUUUCUUCCUGUUGUAAAUCGAUCCCAUCUUCCUCAAUACUUGUUAAAAAGUCGAACUGAUUUCUGCUCACCAUGUAGGAGAUUAAUUGAUCGGACGUACUCUGCUAUGAGAAAAUUGAUGUAAAUUAUAUAGAUUUUUAUAAUAAAUUAUCCAAUCAGUA